GUGUAAUGAUGAGAAGCAUGUACGUGAACGUCAUAGAUUCUGGACUGAUCGUUUCCUGAGAAUGGAUUGGGUACGCAGAUAAAUUUGACAAAUGAAAAGUUGUACAGCUUGUAUACACAAAAGGAAAGUUCUGGCACAGAAGAUAUUUUAGCACUGAUAUCAUUACAGAGUUGUCACAAUUCUUGUAAAAUGUUAGUGAAGAGUAGAGAAAUCUCCCGUGUAAACAUGAGACUAACUAAUUUAUUACAGUAACUAGAAAUUUUGACAGAAAUAUGGAGGAACAUGCAUUGAAUUUCACGCUUUCAAGAACUAACAGUUGCCCUGACAAAUUAGUGGGAGAUAUGUUCUGCUGGGGGAAUACAACACACGGUGAACUGGGAUUAGGAGGACUAGAGGAAGAGCAGAUCCUGAUACCAAGAGAACUGCGAUUUUCGAAAGCUACUUGUGUAAAACAAGUUGCUUGCGGUUACGAUCACACCCUACUGUUAACAUCAGAUGGACAACUAUAUUCAUGUGGAAACAAUGACCAUGGGCAACUUGGCCACAACAAGCCUUGCAAAAGACUUGAGCAAGUGGAUGGUCUUGAAGCCUACAUUAUGACCCAAGCUUCUUGUGGCAUCAGUCACUCGUUAGCUGUCAAUGAAUGGGGUCAAGUUUUUGCGUGGGGUUCGGAUUCACAUGGACAGUUGGGUGUUGGCCUGGACUGUGUUUCACAGCCACUGCCAAAAAUGAUUAAAGCAUUAGCAACAUCACAUGUUGUACAGAUAACCUCUGGACACAAUCACUGCCUAGCCUUGACAAACAAUGGUGAACUCUAUGCCUGGGGUUGUAAUGAAUACGGCCAGCUCGGUCUUGGAUCAAGUGUUUCCAAAGAAACAAGACCUUGUUUGGUAAGAUCAUUAAUGGGAAUUCCUAUUGCCAUUAUUGCAUGUGGUGGAAAUCACAGUUUUGCUGUUUCAAAGUCAGGGGCUGUGUAUGGGUGGGGAAAAAAUGUUUUUGGUCAACUUGGUUUAAAUGACGAUAUCAAUAAAUUGUAUCCAACGCAGCUGAAAACAUUGCGCUCUGCGAAAGUAAAGUAUAUAGCAUGUGGAGAGGAUUUCUCUGUCUUUUUAACAAAGGACGGAGGCGUUUUUACUUGUGGCUCUGGAACAUACGGUCAGUUAGGUCAUGGUUCCACUUGUAAUGAAAUUCUACCACGGAAAGUAAUGGAAUUGAUGGGUAGUACAGUUACUCAAGUUACUUGUGGAAGGAGGCACACACUUGCACUUGUUCCAUCACGAGGAAGAGUUUAUGCUUUUGGUCUUGGUGGAGCUGGCCAGCUGGGUACAAAAGCUGUCUUAAAUGCUACAACUCCACAAGUUGUUUUAGGACCUUGGGUGUCACCUAGUGGAGUUUCAAUUAUUGAGCCACAUGAACAGAGUCAACAUUCCCAGAAUUGUGUUGUGAAAAGGAUAUAUGCUGGUGGAGACCACUGUUUUGCUUUAGUUACUAGAAAACAGGAUAAUAUUCCAUCAGAUGAUUGCCGCAUUCAUGAAACCGAUUCUCAGAUUUUGUCUCUGACUGUCGAGAAAAUUGAAGAAUGUGGAAGAGUCUUACCAGAUGAGACAGUGGACCAGGACCUGAUGACGUAUGUUGAGACUGUGUUCAGCAGUCAGGCUUGCAUCAAUAGUUCUUUUCUCUUACAAGAUGAUGGUCACUACUGCUGUACUUCAAGGCACCAUGGUGUUGACUUGACAGUUGCUGAGAGAUUCUUCACUUUAUUAAGUAAAAUUGAAAAUCAAUCUAUAAAAAGACUAAUACUCAGCUCCAUUAGUGAACAUUUACUUCCAUCCUUGUCAAGCUCUCCACCUGAUGUUGAAACCUUAAGACUGUAUUUGGUGUUACCUUUUUACCACGAAUUUGAUAAUCCAAAAAAUUGUCAACGAUUACAUAGUCCAUUUGGGCAGGCACUGCUAAAAUUAAAAACAGAAGCAGGGAAAAUUGUUGGACUAUGGUGGCGAGGAAUACCCAUUGACUAUUUUGAGAGGCUCAUUCGCAUUUUCAAGGAUGUGGUACUAUAUGUACUACAGUUUGCUGAAGAUGUUAAAUCAAAGAAAGCCGAAUAUGAGGUAUCUGUACAUAUUGCCCUGGAAAUUCUUUCACAGCUCAACAAAUUAAAUCAGAGUACAAAUGAUCUGAAAGUACCUUAUGACACAUUUCAAAUGCCAGAACUUGCCGAAAUUGUAGAUGUAAGAUCAGAUUAUUUACACUGGCUGGUUGAGAAAGAUCAGACACAGGCUGGAAGACUCUAUUUUUGCAACUAUCCAUUUGUGUUCGAUGCUGCUGCCAAAACUCUUCUUCUGGAAACAGAUCAAUCUUUGCAGAUGCAGUCCGCAAUGAAUCAAGCAGCUACACAAGUUUUCACAACAAUGUUUUUUAAUCCUGCAUUGGCUACUAAUAUCAGCACAUUCCUGCAGUUACAUGUCAGCAGAGAACACUUAGUCCAAGAUACACUUCGAGAACUAGCUAAAUACAGCUCAUCUGAUCUGAAGAAGCCAUUAAGGGUUAAGUUCUUAGGUGAGGAAGCCGAAGAUGCAGGAGGAGUGACUAAGGAAUUUUUUCUCUUGCUAAUGAGAGAGAUAUUGGAUCCAAAAUAUGGAAUGUUCCGGAAUUAUGAUGAAACUCGAGCAAUAUGGUUCAGUGAAGAUUCAUUUGAGGAUCCAAUAAUGUAUUAUCUCAUUGGUCUCAUAUGUGGAUUGGCUAUAUAUAACUUUAUCAUCAUUGCAUUACCUUUUCCAUUGGCACUUUAUAAAAAGCUCUUGAAUGAACCUGUUUCACUCCAGGAUCUUAAAGGAUUGUCACCAUCAAUGGCCAAGAGUCUACAAGAUCUUCUGGAUUAUGAAGAGCCUGACAUUGAGGACGUCUUUUGCCUCACAUUUGAAAUCACAAGAGAAGUUUAUGGCGAAGUUAAAAAUUUGCCUUUGAAAGCAGAUGUGUCAAAUAUACCAGUUACUCAACAGAACAAGCGUGAAUAUGUUGACUUGUAUGUUGACUUCAUACUCAAUAAAAGUGUAGAGAAACAGUUUACUGCCUUUAAUGGAGGCUUCCAUAAAGUAUGUGGAGGCAGAAUAUUGAAACUUUUUCAUUCUCAUGAACUUAUGGCUGUGAUUAUUGGUAAUGAAAACUAUGAUUGGGAGGAAUUACAGAGAAAUGCACAGUACAAGAAUGGAUACACAGAAUCUGAUGAAACUAUAAAAUAUUUUUGGGAAGUUUUCCAUGAGCUCACUCCAGAACAAAAGAAAAAAUUCCUAUUAUAUUUGACGGGAAGCGACCGGAUUCCAGUCCAAGGAAUGAAAGCUAUAAAGAUAUACAUCCAGCCAACGAAUGAUGACAAAUACCUUCCUGUAGCACACACAUGCUUUAAUCUGCUUGAUUUACCUCGAUACAAAACAAAGGAAAGACUUCGUUACAAACUGCUUCAGGCUAUUCAACAAACAGAGGGAUUCUCCAUAGUUUAAGGGGGCUCUUAGGUAGACGUAUUCUUAGCUGUUGCCAGAAUCAAAUGAGAUUUUUGAGCAAUUUGUUUAUGAUUUUAUACAAUGCUGCCUUUAAUGUUGACAUAUUCAGAUAAUGCCUAUAAUUUUUUGUAUAUACAAUAUGAUCACAAAUACAUGUUGAAAUUUGAUAUAUUUUA